AUGGCACCUCUCGUCUGGUUUAUUACGGGAGCAAACGCCGGAUUCGGCCUUCUUCUCGCAAACCUAGCAUUGUCCAAGGGCGAUACUGUUGUUGCAACUGCCAGGAGCCUCUCGAAAUUUCCACAGUCUCUUGUGGAGAACCCCAAGGCCCAUUUGGUCGAAACAGAGAUAACCGCAUCAGCUACCAGUAUAACUGAGCUUGUCGACGCGGCCGCUGCCAGACAUGGCCGUAUUGAUGUUCUGGUUAAUAACGCUGGAUAUGGUCACAUUGGCGCUGUAGAAGAAGUAUCAGACGAACAAGCUCGGUACCAAUUCGAUGUGAACUUUUUUGGUUUGCUCAAUUUCACGAGAGCAGUGAUCCCACACAUGAGAAAGCAGGGAUCUGGCGUCAUUGUGCAGCUUUCUAGUGGCGUGGGUAUUCUCGGCGCCCAUGGUGGUCCGAUUUACAGUGCUUCCAAGUUUGCUGUUGAAGGACUGAGUGAGGCUAUGGCUAACGAACUUAAACCGUUUGGCAUCCGCGUUCACAUUAUUGAGCCUGGCAUUUUCCGAACCGACUUUUUGAAGCCCAUCUCCAAUGGUCAGAAUGUGGGCCGCCAUUUGGAAGGAUAUGUGAAUUUGGAAGAGAUGCUCGGUGGUUUGCAUGGGAAUCAGCCAGGGAAUGCAGAGCUUGGUAUCCAGCGCAUGUAUGAGGUUGUCACUGGAACGGGACUGGCCGCUGGGUUGGAAGAUCAGCUCCGUUUCCCCUUGGGGUCGGACUGCUACGGGAUGCUUGAGACGAAGCUUAAGAUGCUGAACGAGACUGCUGAAAAAGUAAAGCACGUUUCUUUAAGCACUGAUUAUUAG